GAAUCGGAAAUAAAAGGAAUGGAUAAUUUAAACAACACUAUUAAUGAAAAAUGCAAUAAUGAUUAAUUGUUUGCCGGAACGUGAUUUUGAAACUGAAUCACCAAGAAAAAAAUAUUAUUAUUGUAUGAGCUAUUAGGUGACGAUGUUUGUUGAAAUUGUGUUAACCGCCAUCGUGUUUAUGUUUAUUGGUAUAUACUGCAUCUUAACGAAACUGCAAUUUAUCACGUGUGACAGUAAUGUUUGUUUAAAUGGCAAGACUGCUCUAGUUACUGGUGGUAAUAAAGGUUUAGGUUACGAAAUAGUAUUGCAGUUAGCUUCGAGGGGAUGUAAAGUCAUUAUAGCAGCUAGAGGAGUGUCGGAAGAUCUCCGAAAAAAAAUUAUAAAAGAAACUCGUAAUCCGAACGUAAUUAUGGAAUACGUGGAUUUUUCGUCGUUCGCAUCGGUGAGAAAUUUGGCUGGGAAAUUGAAAACAACUGAAUCCAAAUUAGAUAUACUGAUAAAUAACGCGGGGGUUGGUAAAUCCUUGAGGACGCCGACCGAAGAUGGACACAAUAGAACAAUGCAGGUCAAUCAUUACAGCACCUUCCUACUAACGCAUCUACUUGUAGAUCUUUUGAAAAAAUCUGAAAACGGAAAAAUUCUGUUCACUUCUUCUUUUCUGGCACACGUACACGUAUUAACACGAAGAAACGUCAGCCGAAGUGGUAUACCAGACGCUCCGCUCGGUAACUUGGAUUAUUCCAAUUCGAAAUUCUGCUCGAUCAUUUCGGCGGAAAUUUUCGCGAGCAAACUCAAAAAAUGGAAUAUAAACAGCAACUGUUACCAACCGGGUAUAGCGAAAACCGAAAUUUUCAAAGAAACCAGAAAGAAUCUCGACAAUUUAUUGGACACUGUUAUUUAUUUUUGCACCAUGCAUUUAUUACAAACAAUCUUCGGGGUGAACCCGAAGCUUCCUUCACAAACGGCCGUACAAAUUGUUAUCGGCGAUGAAUUCGAACACGUCACUGGGGUAUAUGUAGGAAAAUACUUCAAGGACCUCAAACCGAGAGGGGCUCGAGACGAUAAAUUAUGCGAAGCUAUCUGGAAGGCGUCCGAAGCGGCGGUACGAUUAAAACCGGAAGAAAAGUUAGGUUAGUUCGGUAUUUCACUUGUCAAUGUCAGUUUUCAAUAAAAAAAUUUUGUUUGUU